AAAAGGGCCAUGUGAUUUUCAGCUUCCAGCCACUUCAGAACUGAGGCUGGGUUUCACUCUUUUUUUAGGCGUGAGUUCUCUGUGUAAAAGCUCCACCCCUGUUGUCAAAGUUCUUCAUAUAAAAGCACAAGGAUAUGAAUGCUUUAUUCAUGGACUCUUUCUUUCCAGCUAAAUACAGUGUCAGAACAGAGAAGCUAAUUACUAAUCCAUCCACACUGCAAGAACUUCAAGGCUGAUCAUGUUAUAUGACAAAGCUAAGCUACCAAACUUGUUUUGAAACAGAACACAUUGGACAAGAUAUCUGGAAUUCUAUUGUCUGUGGAAGCAAAAGCAGAAAGGAGUUUACACAAUAGCAAUAAUCAUCAUGGCAGAUACAAUUUUUAAUAAUGGCUCAGAUCAGUGGGUGUGUCCCAAUGACAGACAGCUUGCCCUUAGAGCAAAGUUGCAUUCUGGUUGGUCUGUGCACACAUUUCAAACAGAGAAACAGAGAAAGAACCAGAGUCUGAACCAGAAUGAGAUUGAUGUUAUUCUGCAGGUCAUCAGAAGAGCUGAAAAAGUGGAUACACUGGAACAGCAGAGAAUCGGACGACUUAUGGAGAGAUUAGAGAAUAUGAGGAAAAAUGUGAUGGGGAACGGAAUGUCUCAGUGUUUGCUGUGUGGGGAGCUUCUUGGAUUCUUAAGCACUACUUCUGUAUUUUGUCAAGACUGUAAAAAGAAAGUCUGCACAAAAUGUGGUAUCGAGACAGUCGGCACCCAGAAAAGACCAAUGUGGCUUUGUAAAAUUUGCAGUGAGCAAAGAGAGGUUUGGAAGAGAUCUGGUGCCUGGUUUUACAAAGGUCUGCCUAAAUACAUCUUACCUAUGACAUUCUUAAACAAAACUGGUGAACUGCACCUGAGACCUGUGCAAUCUGAGCAUCCAGUCCAAGACAUAAAGAAUUCAUCUAACCGGACAUACACAUGGGCUAAAGGAAAAGUAGUCUCCAGUGACAGUGAAAGUGACUCGGAAUACAGCUCCUCCAGUUUGGACUCUAAAAUGGUGGGCCCUAAAGGAAUCACAAAUAGAAAGCACUCCAGUUCGAGCACUGAGCCUUCUAUGACACCAGUUGUUAGUCAUAUGAAAAACCCUAGAGGCUUAUCAGGCAGCCAGACCAGCUUUGGCAGUGAACGAGUCAGUGCCACCGAGAGCAACCAGGGUGACCCGAUUGAAGGCUAUAUCAGUGACAUCCCAAGCACUACUACUGAGGAGAAGAAUACACAAUAUCUGAAAAGAAGAAAUGCAGCCCGGCUCGUAAAUGGAAAACGCAGUGGGCACACAAAUCUAUGGCACUGAGUACCUAAGAAGAGCAUAUGGACUGCAUUAUGAAGUUUGACAACUGCCAUGCUAACAAUGGACUUUCAAGAAAAAUUGGAACUUGUAUAAGGGGAUAAAUAUGAACACCAUCCCAUUUCAUUCAUAUUCCUUUAGAGAGGGGGCUAGAAUUAAGGAUACUACAGUAGAAAAAUUGCAAACCUUUUAUAUUUUUCUCUCAUCCCCAAAAGUUCAACAUCAAUCGCUAUCUAGGUUUUGUCUCCAGUGGUCAGUGUGUUUAACAACAUCAUGUAGGAGAUCAAGCGGGAUAGUGUUUUGUAUGUGGCUCUUAGGAUGCAUCAUGUUGGGCUGGUUAGAAGAGAUUUACAUUCAGUAUUUUUAAUAUUUUAAUAUUUUUCAUAUAUUAUUAUUGGGCACAGUAGAUUAUUUGUUGCUGUGAUACAUUCAUCUCCGAAACACUACAAUUUUGUACUUAAAUGAUGAAUUUGUGAAUUUGAAUACUGUAUAUGAUACAUACAAGUGCUAAGAAAUCAGGAGCCAUGUUAAUGUUUCUCUGGAGUUCAGGUAUGUUGCAUUAAUGGGCAGAAUCCUUAAUGGCAUAUUUUGUUGCUGCCUUGCUUACAAUUCAUCUGCCAUGGCUUUGCAUUUGAAAAAGCUUUCUGAUUAGAACCUAUGGAAAUAUUAUAGAUAGGAUGGAAUCAGUGUCAGACUGGGGUACCUGGGGCCCACCAGUAAACCUCACCCCAGGGGUGAGAGUGCCUUGAAUUUUUUCUCGUCCAUGGCUACUUUGUCGCUGUACCAAAAUAACAGUCCUGAUUUACAAAUCGACAGCCCCUUUUACAUGGUUGGAAAACCAGCACUAGUGAUGGGCAAAUUUAUUCGCAAAAUCGCCGUGAAAAUUCGCUGGCAUCAAAAUUUUUUGACGCCAGUGACAGUUCCUAUGCUGGUGACAAUUAUUAGCCACCCACUGACUUUAUUGUGCAUCGGAAUUGGUGCUGGCGUCAGAAUUGUCACUGGCGUCAAUUCAAAUUCGCCAAUUCGUAUUUUGCUAAUUUUGCAAAAUAAUUUUGUCCCUACUAAGCAGAAUCAAUGAGUUUCAUUAUAGACGGCUGUUACAAUUGAUACAAUAGUUGCUAAUAUUCCACAGAUGCUGCUGAGAAAUAUAACAACUAAUGUAGCCUCUAAAUGUAACACACUGUAACAGUUCAGAAUCUGCUUCUGGAUCACUGAGCUGCCAAACUGGCACACAAGAGACAAGAACUUUAAACUUACAUUUUGGGAAAAUGGUAAAAAAGAAAAGGUGGAAAGCAAGUCUUUGUUUAUGGAGAACAAUCUGAAAACCACUAAACUAAAAAAAGUAUUUGGAAGGUUAACAACCCCUUUAAUUUAACCCUUUGCUCCUCUUUACUUUUUACCUUCAUUCUACUUCUCAUUACUUAUUUUCUUUUCUGUCCCAUACCUUCCUUUUGCCUUCCUUAUCUCGCUCGCUGUUCAUAUUGGCUUUUCCUAAAGCUGUAGAAUAGUAUAAUGUUACCAGCUUGCACAGCCUGGCUCUCCAUGUCGUGAAAGUCGGUGCCGGCAAAGAAGGCUUCGGGAUCCUCCACAAAUCGUAAGUAUAAUAAAUUCAACCAGCACUCAGGUCAAAAAUCCAGCAGGGACAAACCCUUGUUGAGUUUAUUUGCAAGGUGCAACGUUUCAGGGUAAACCCCUUUGUCAAGCAUGUACGAUUUGACCAUCAACUAAAAAGACCAUUUUGACCAGCGAUGUUGUCCAGGAAAAUUGAGGGUAGCUGCCUGCUUGGCCCUGCAAACAAUUGGACAAUAGAUUUCACUGUUAGAUGCACGAUCGUUCGAUUCCCACUAACCUCAUGACAAUUGACGGAUUGGUUGGAUUGCACUAAAAUCAGUCGUUCAUCAAAGAAAUAUCUUUGCAUCUAUACACUGCCCUUGGUGUUCUGCAUUUCUUGGUGUUUCCCCUCCCCAACACUUACAGAGCACCUGAUAACAUUCACAGCCAGCCCAGGACCUCAGGAAUGUGUUUCAUUACAUGCAGUUCAGCCUCUUUCAUGUACCAUUGUAACCUGCCUCACGCUCAGCAUAUGGUGGGUGGUACCUUAUCAGUGCAGUACUGCAGGGAACACCUUCUUCUAAAGUUUCACACCAGAAGUAAAGGAGAUACACUGAACUUAAGUGCAAAGAAGUACAAAUAACAUUCCAAAGUGACUACCUGUGCGGAUGACUGUGCUGUACUUAGGAUCCUUGUAAAAGCACUGCAUUCAUAAUGCAAAAUUGUCCUCCCUGUAUCUAAGGGCAAUAGACUUUUCUUUGUGCAGAUACUGGAGGUUCAAAUUUGAAGUUUCUGUGUCCUGUUCAUUUGUAGAGCAGGUUCAGCGCGUAAGUCGCACAGUAUUUUUGAAUCUUUACAAUAAAAUCUAAGAAAAUAUUCAUUUUUCAUGUCAUAUUACUGAAGAGAGACCAAAUGAAAAUGUUUGCAAGCUGGGCAUGUAAGUGAGUUACAGUUUACAGUCUGCAAAACCUUAUUGUGUAUAAUGAUGGCCUCAAGAUUAUUGGGUUACUACCACUAUUAGCUCUAAAUAAGUUAUUCCUAGCUUUACCCAACUACUCUUUUAUCUCAGUGUCAACUCUUCUCUUAAAAUAAGGCAUAUACUCUAUAGGUUAAAUUUUAACAUUUGUGUCUGUAAAUAUUUUUGUGCCUUUUAUUGUUUUUUUGUUUUUGUUAUCUAUUACUUUAUUUUAUUUGUGUAUAAAAUAAGCUGUAUCUUCUCUGUGCUUGAGUACCCAAAAAGCAUAUUUUCUGCAGAAAAAAGUUCUAAAAUAAAUAUUCUUCUGGGGUGUUAAUCUUACUUAAAUGACAGACUCGUGUUUUUUUUCCUUUCAUUUUUGAAUUGCAUAUUCUGCACCUCUGUAUAUCUGUAAACACAGAGAUUAAAAAAAAAGUUGCAAACACUUCAAUUCGAACCACUGCAUGGUAACACAUUGUGAUCUAGUACGGUACUUGACAAUGGGGGCUUUACAAAUUUAACUUGGCAGAACCCUGGAAGUUGGUUGUAAGAAUCAUUACAACGUUUUGCUGACAUUGUACGUGACUGUGCACUCAGUGUGAUAACAAAGAUCACAGCAAUGAUAAUAAGUAUGAUAAGACCUCUUAAUGUCUAAAUGAUACUGUAAGACAUCCAAUGUGCAUCCAAAUGUCAAGCUGAGUGCAACUGAUGUAUUAACAAUCUUAUGUUUAUGUUGCACUUACAGUAUAAUAAUACAUCUUUAUUGCUAAGUGUUCAUAAUUACCCAGCUUAAUAACGGGUGCAGUUCAUAAAGCUUUGGAGGGGUAACUUGUGACUCUUCAGCUAAAAAUCAAGUACAAGGUACAGUUUCAUGAUCAAAAGAAAAUUAAUAAAAAAAAUAAUGAUUUUGAAAAAUAAGACUUAUUUGUUUAAAGAGUAAUCUGUAAGACAUGGUCUUCCUGUAAUUCAGAGCUACGGAGUUGCAGUGACAUGCAGAGUUGCUCUUUUCUUUCUCCAUAGAUGCCAGUUUAGAAAUGGUGCAAAAUUACAUAUAUAUUGAAGCCUUUGUUUUAAUGUGCCAUUGAGAAUGCAAAUGCUGCAGCUGUGUAUGGUAUGUAUUUGAAACAAAUGCGAUGAAGGUGUAGACGUGAUACUGUAAUUUCUUUUAUGUAUGUUCUUUUGCUCACAUUGCUUAUGUUUUUUCCCAUUAUUCACAUUCCUAAAAAUGAAAUAAGUUUGUACUCUACUGGGAAUUAAUCCUCACAUUUCUUAAGUGUUUGUUAUGGCUUUUAUAUAAGUACUGAAGAUUGGCUAGGACAAGGAAACCACCAGUAAACAUUUAAACAAGUCAAAUAUAUGUUUGUCCUUUUUUUAAGCAAUGCAAUGUUUAGCAAAUGUAUGUAUCUGUUUGUAAGACUUACAUUGAAUAUAAUUUGCAUGUAUGGCUCAUUUUGCCUUUGGGCCAUGUGAAUACCACUUUUAUUUCAUACAUUCUUUCUGUUGAUUUGCAUAAACAUAAUUUUGAAUGUGUUAUUGCUUUUAAUGCUUCCCUGACAUGCCAAAUGAUUGCAGAAUUUUUAUUUGACAAGUGUUUGGCAAUAAAAAUAGUAGCUGCAAUGAAAUGACCCUGGUGAUUAAUGACAUUGCAUCCCAACACCUUGGAAAGGCAAUACAUAGCUCAAAUCGAAGUUUGCACAUCCAAGACACGUGUCAUCAGCUUAUGGAGUGCACAACAGAAUGGCCUUGGUUUGACCCUUUUUUAUUGUUUGGGUAAAGUACCUAAAAAGUUUAAAAUGGGCAAAGCUGGGAUUAUUAAGUAGUGAUUUUUAUUAUGUCGUUUUUAUUUCUAAAUUACACUGUUU